ACUUCCAGCCCCCGCCUCGCAGGCCGCACCCGAGCCCACGGCCUGACCCUGGGGCGCCCGUGCGCCGGACGCGAGACCUCGGCUUUGGAUGCCGAGGGCGCGCCUUGGAGUUGGGUGGCGGCGGUUCGCGCUGUUGCCGAGGCCGGCGGGGGACACAGCCGUGCGCCCGCUCCUGGCUGGUGGCGCCCCCGCGGCGGGCCCCGCGCCCUGCCUUCCCCCUGAGGCCAUCGGGCCGAGGUAAGGGCGCGGCCGCGGGGGCGCCAUGGCAGCGCCCACCAAGUCCCCGGCCCCAGCAGACCUGGCCCCAGGCGCCGCGGAGCCGCCCCGCGGGAAGCUGCCCCUCGGCUGGGGCCCUCUGUUCGGCCACCGCAGCGAGAAGAUCCUUUUUGCCGAGAGCGAGAGCGCCCCCGAGGAGAGCGUGCUGGCCGUCACCAUCACCGAGACCACGGUCAUCGAGUCGGACCUGGGCGUGUGGAGCUCGCGGGCUCUGCUCUACCUCGCGCUCUGGUUCUUCCUCAGCUUCUGCACCCUCUUCCUCAACAAGUACAUCCUGUCGCUGCUGGAGGGCGAGCCCAGCAUGCUGGGCGCGGUGCAGAUGCUCUCCACCACCUGCAUCGGGUGCUUGAAGACCUUCGUCCCCUGCUGUUUGCAUCAGCACAAAGCCCGGCUCUCCUACCCACCCAACUUCAUCACAACCAUGCUCUUCGUGGGCCUCAUGAGGUUUGCCACCGUGGUCCUGGGCCUGGUCAGCCUGAAGAACGUGGCGGUGUCGUUUGCCGAGACGGUGAAGAGCUCCGCCCCCAUCUUCACCGUGAUCCUCUCGCGGAUGAUCCUGGGGGAGUACACAGGGCUGCUGGUCAACCUCUCCCUCGUCCCCGUCAUGGGAGGCCUGGCGCUGUGCACCGCCACCGAGAUGAGCUUCAACGUCCUGGGGUUCUCGGCUGCGCUGUCCACCAACAUCAUGGACUGUUUGCAGAACGUUUUCUCAAAAAAGCUGCUCAGCGGGGACAAGUACAGGUUCUCGGCAGCCGAGCUGCAGUUCUACACGAGUGCCGCGGCCGUGGCCCUGCUGGUCCCCGCCUGGGUUUUCUUCAUGGACCUGCCGGUGAUCGGCAGGAGCGGGAAGAGCUUCAGCUACACGCAGGACGUCGUGCUGCUGCUGCUGAUGGACGGCGUCCUGUUCCACCUCCAGAGCGUCACUGCGUACGCCCUCAUGGGGAGGAUCUCCCCUGUGACCUUCAGUGUCGCCAGCACCGUGAAGCACGCCCUGUCCAUCUGGCUCAGCAUCAUAGUUUUCGGCAACAAAGUCACCAGCCUGUCGGCCGUGGGCACCGUCCUGGUGACGGCCGGCGUCCUGCUCUACAACAAGGCCAAGCAGCACCAGCGGGACGCCAUGCAGAGCCUCGCCUCGGCGGCCAGCCGGACGCCGGGGGCCAGCGCCGAGCCGCUGGCCCCCACGGAGCCCGGGCCGCACCACUGAGCUCCGGAGCCGUGGUGGGUGCCGGGCCCCGGGCACCGCGAGCAUCUGUCCUCCUGACGGGCGCGGCCCUCCACACCCUGGCCUGCGCCCUGCCCCCGCCACAGCCCAGAGGGGUGGGGAAAGGCAUGGGCAGCUCUAACUGCCCCUUUUAGGGGUUCCAGUCAAAACCAGCGGGACCUCAAAGGGUUCCCCAGACGUCCGCUUCCUGGGAGAGGCCAGAGCCAACUGUCGCUGAGCCAUUGCCAUGUAAUGUGAAAACUGCCUCCCGCAGCCCCCUUGCCAGGAACGGGAGGGGUGCGGACCCGCCAGCCUCGCUGCGCACCAUCUCCCACUGCGGUUCUGGUUCCUCCGUGGGCGACAGCCACAGAGACGACUGCAAAGCCACAGCUGGUCCAGGUGCCAACAUGAGCCGUCCCCUGCUCGGUGUCGGAGGAGGGAACUCACCUGCCCAAGCCAGCCAUCAGGCUGCCGAAGGCGCGUCCCGUGCCUCGGCCAUUUGGGGAGACCUCUGUGCCAGGACAGUCCCCACCCCGGCCUGGGCACAGAGGCUAUGGAGCCCGGCAGAGUGGGGCGGGGACACCCGGGGCGCAGAAGCAAGGGACCCCUGCUGCUGAGGGCCACGUGUGCGGCCCUGCCUUCCUGCCCUUGUCCCUGAGGUGUCUUCUCCCCGUCCUGGAGCUGCCCACACCUGCCACCACCUAGGGAAGAGUGACUCCAGGGAGGGAAAGGCCCCGCCCCCUGGAGUCCGUGAGGCGCCAGGCCCCCUCCUGCUCUGGGGCCUCCCCCAGCAGUGACAUCUGCCUGCAGCGCGGAGCAAGGGCGGGAAUGUGGGCGGGCGCUCCACAGGUCCCUGGGGCUCUGCCUGUCUUCCCGAAGCUGGACCCUCCUGAAGGAAUGCGCAGGGGGCGGGCGUGGGGAAGAAUGUGUGGGGUGUUUACAGUUUCCGUGACGCUGCAUUCGAAACGACAGUGUAGUUUCCUACCGGGGGCACACAGGCACAGGGGCCCUGGGAUUGUCAGGCAGCCACUCUCGGAACUGCCGCCUGGCUCAGCCUGGCUGUCCCCGCAGUGUUCAGACGACCGCGUGGGUGUCUGCACUCUGCGUUGUGCUGAGACUGCCAACCUGGUGGGAUUUCUGAUGGAGACCAGUGUGUCACCAGCCAGCCUUCCAGGGCCGCUCCUUCGAGAGCCCCUCUGACCAGCACGGUCCUGAGCCCUGGGGCUGGCCGGAGGCAGCCCUACCCGGCGAGCAGGUCUGGCCCCGGCCACCUGGACCCUGCUUGGGGGACGGAGACCUGACUGAUGACAGGAGCCUGAGGCCCUCGCCAUCCCGUCCAGUCCCCCGCCCUGUGGCUCAGGCUCUGGGCUCCUACAGCCAGGCCGCCGGCUUUCCUGUCAACGUGUCCACCGGAAAAUACGGAAACAGCCUCCUUGGGAGGUCAGACCUCUUGGAAACAGCAAUAAUUGGGUCUCGUGAAGCUCAGCCUACUUGAAGAGUUUGCCAUGAUGAUGAUUUAAAAUGAGGCCUUUUAAACAACAACCUUUUCAUGAAGCUGACCCGUGGCCAGAGGACAGGCAGGCGUGGGGUUGCCUGCUUGACAAGCUCACUUUCACUGUGCGGGUGUUUCUUGUGUGACUCCCCAGACUUCCGGUCCCUUUCCUCCUCCUCUUCCCCCAAAACAAAAGUAAAACUAAGGGGGAUGCGUUGGAGGUGGCCGGGGAGCGGGGAGGUGGCAUUGGUCUGAGAGGACCGUGUGAGAGCUGCUCUGUGGGGCUCCCGCCAGCUCUGCGGUGCGGUGUGGCGUGGGCGGGGCUCGUGUGUGGCCGCCCUGGCGCGGGACACCCACAUGGGCCUUCUCCCGGACUUCGUCAUCGAGGUGUAAUCAGACACACCCGCCUGUGUCCAAGUAUUGUCAGGGAUUUCCAGACCCCAUGGCCCGUGACGUGCCCCACCCUCCACUCUUACCAGUGGCUUUCAGCCAGUGAUUUUUGGAGUUUUUGGACCAGAAGCAAAAUGAAGAUUUUCCUAAAUUAUUAGUAAGUGAGGCAAUUUCCUGCAAAGCUGCUUUUGAGACUUGCCUCGUCCCAGGCUGCGGCUGGCACGGCCCUUGCUCGGGGCUCACAUUCCUUCCAUUAGUCUUGUCUCGGCCCCAAGUCUCCCACUUCUCGGGCAUUUCCAGACAGCCCUGCGUGGAGAGGCAGGGCGCACAGCCUCGCUCGGCCUUUUAACGGCUGUACAGAUGAGACACACUUUCUCUUACCUUUGUCUAGUUUUUCUAGUGUGUUCCCUGCACCUUCUCGGGGGUGUGGGCACCAGCGUUGGAGUCGCGUGUCGUUACCUCCCCUGGGGGUUCCUGUGCCUGGCUGUCCGUGCCUUUUCGAACAAGCACUUGAGCCAAGCUCUGAGGCAGGUCAUCUGCUCACGUCCAUUGGUCACACCGGCCUCUGGCUUUCAGCUCUUCCCCUACUGGAUGCCACAAAAAGCUGCUUGUUUUUGAAUUCAAAUAGUCACCAUUUGUGCAUCACAGCAUGAAAGUCAUCUGCCUUGGAGAGCUGAGAACACCCUUGCACAACCCAAAACGUGUAUUUAAUUUGAGGAAAAAUAAGCGUGGUGAGCAGGAAAAAAUGUGCUGCACAAAGAAUGUCAGCCACGUGAAGCUGUGCUCAGAAUACUUUCCCCCAGACCGGUGGUUUGGCGUCCUGCCGCGUUCUGGUCACUGAGACGGGCCGGUGUGGGUGGCAGGCGCACGUGGCUCUUUAAUCUGCCCAAGUGAUGUGCUUCCUCAGGCCUGAAAGUAUUUUCACAGUUUCCCUGGGUUGGAAAAAUUAAGGAUGUUUCAUCGCAGACAGAUACCCUCUUCUGCUUUCGCCUUUGACCAACUUCAUGCUAAGGGCUUUAUUGUUUCCCGGAAUAUCUGCCCGUCCUGGUAGGGGCCUCUUAAUUUUCUUAGUUUGUAAGUUCCAGUCUCCCAGUGAAUCUGCCUGUUUUUCUCUGUCCCGGGUGAGGAGCCAAGAGCAGAUGGGGGUCAGCUGUGUCCCGGGCAGCCGAGGCAUAAAACUGUCAGCCUCGCUCGCCCAGGUUGUGAGUGAUGGCCACGGGCCCUGUGCCCAGAUGUCCAAACGGGGUUAGAAACUGGGAACUGGCCAAGUGUUUUGUUUGUCUGGGUUGUGGGGUGGGGUUGUUUUUUCCUUUUUUUUUUUUUCUUUUGGCCAGUUUUCAUUUGGGGAAAGCGGGUGUUCAGCUGAUUUGCUGUUUGUAGACUGUUCGCUGCUGUCCGAGUUGAGUCUGAAUCAGUCGGAGGGGCUGCGGCCUCUGCCGGGG